UGCAUUAUUCUUUGUGGGUGCAUGUGGUGGACGACAAACAUAGGACAACUUCGUGUGUUUUCUCAAACUUCCCGUGCAGGUGCAGACAAGAAACGUCAUUGGGAAUACCUUAAGUCAAUCAAACACCUUCCUAAAAUAGAACUUAGAAAUCAAGAUAAUAAAACGACUUUAAUUAACAGACGACGUGCCUGGACUCUGGAGUGAGGAGACACGGACGUCUGUACGAAAAGGCCAAGAAGAAGAAGGUGAUUAAGACCAGUCAACGACUUCAAGUUCACAGGGUUCAUUCAGUACACUAGCGAGGGUACGCUGUCAGGUUUAAAACCUGACCUUACCUAGACCUUACAGUAAACACUGAGCAAUGAUCAACACGUCCUUUGCAUCUAUGAAUGUCUAUGUGCUCGUAUGUAUAUAAACAAACCUUUCCAGCAUGUCUGAGAUCAUUGCACCAAUCCUCAACCUUAACCUCAACGAGGAGGUACACAACUCAGAAGAUGACGAAGAAAUGCAUCUGGUCUCGUUGGUGGAUGAUUACCUUCUGGGUGGGGAGUUGCAACCUCCCUCUAAGCAGGAGGAGUUGAAGACGAAGAGAACGCCCCCGCUGAGGAAGAAGUGGAAGCAUGCCAUCAAGAAGGCGCAAUCUGUGGAAGAUCCCUGGCUGGAGUUCCAUCUUGAGAACUACCUGACUGAGACCGCAGUUCGUCAUCGGUACAGCGCUGGUACAAACAAGUGGGUGAUUGAUAACGUCAAAGUCAAGAUGGCAAAAGAGUCCUUUGCUCGUGGAGCCAUGCGAGAAUGUUUCCGUUUGAAGAAGAUGUCUCACUACGGCAAACAUCGCACUGACUGGAAACAUGCUCCUAACUUCGUUGUCAAGUCUUACAUGGAGACGGUGGAUCGUGAGAUCUAUUUCCAAGAUGUCCGCCUGCAGAUGGAUGCCAAGAUAUGGGGAGAGGAAUUCAGCAGACACAAUCCUCCCAAAAAGGUUGAUAUAGUCCAGAUGUGUGUAUUGGAGUUUAAGGAUCGCCCGGGGGCUCCUGUCUUCCAUCUUGAGAACUUCAUUGAAGGACAUUAUAUCAAAUACAACUCCAACUCUGGCUAUGUGAGUGACGAGAAAACCAGACUGACACCACAGGCUUUCAGUCACUUCACUUUUGAGAGGUCUGGGCAUAAGUUGAUCGUUGUUGACAUUCAAGGUGUUGGAGACUUGUACACAGAUCCGCAGAUCCACACAGCUACUGGCACAGAGUACAAUGAAGGCAAUCUCGGGACUCGUGGCAUGGCACUGUUCUUUUCUUCACACGCCUGUAAUGAGAUCUGCCAUGGGCUCAGUCUCACUCCGUUUGACCUUCAUCCCAGUGAGAUAGCUGAUCAUGAGAGUCUGGUUAUCAGACAGCGGAGAUCUUCUACACACGUGCGAGGAACCGAGAACAACGUCUUACGUCCUCGUCACCGCCCAUCCAUCUCUCCCUUGGACGUGACCAAGUAUGUCAUCUUGGAGAGGUCAAUCUCUGAGUGUUCUGCCGAGUCCUUAUCACCAGAUAUUACUCCUUCGGUGUCUUACGAGAUCGCAUCGUCUCCUGAAGAUGUCAGCAUGUCACCUAAGGAUAAUAUGUUUCUGAGAGAUCACUUCUUUCCGUCGCGUCGUCGUCGCUACGACUCUGAAGGGGAUUCAUCGAGGAUUCGGAGUGAGUCGGAUAGCGAUACUAUGACCAGGGAGACAGGGUCUUCAACCAAAGAAGAGGAACGGCAGGCCAUGAUGAGAAAUAAGACGCACAAGGCAUCCUCAGUGAAUAUUGAAGUAGCUAUGAGGGAGAGAUUGGACAUGAAAAGAAAGAUGGGAGGAUCGGUACUGGGACAGGUGCAUUUGGAUCUUGCCAAGUACCACGAUAUCGGCCGCUUCGUUGAAAACCCUGAUGAUCAUAACACGAGGGCAGCCUUUUAUCAUCUGGAGCAGGCGUCUCAUUGCGGAACCAUGGAGGCCAUCUUGGCACUGGCUAAGAUUUAUCUCAACUUGCCUCAUGCAGUUCUUGAGAAUGUCACCAUGGAUCAGGAAAAUGAAGAGAAUGUUAACGACGGAUUGGAUUUAAUGGAGCAGGCAGCUGAGGCUGGUGAUAGAGCAGCUAUGAUUUACUUGGCCAAUGCUUUUCAGACAGGAUUGAACCUUGGAACUAACAGGGAGAUAAUGUGGACUGAGGCUAUACAUUGGAGUCAGUCGGCUAUUUCAAUGUCCAAUGAGGAUGAAGACGGAGAAUUUGACUGCCUGAAUGAGGAUCCCAACUACAUGCUGUUGGUCAAACAAGCUGAUAUGUAUAGGACGGGGGGACAUGGAUUGGACAAGAACUCCCAGAAAGCGGGCGAUUUGUACAAUGAGGCGGCCGAAGCAGCCAUGGAGGCUCUGAAAGGUAGACUAGCCAACAAGUACUACAUGCUUGCUGAGGAGUGCUAUGGAGAAAUGGAAGAAGAUGAGGAAGAAGAUGACUCAGCAUAAAUUACGCACUCUCAGUAAAAGGUAGACUAGCCAACAAGUACUUUAUGCUUGCUUAGGAAUGCUAUGGAGAAAUGGAAGAAGAACAUGACUCAGCGAAAGUCAAAAGUAGACUAGCCAACAAGUACUUAAUGCAUGUUGAGGAGUGUUAUACUUGUUUCAUGGUAUACAACAUGUACAAAGCAAACUUAAGCAAUCAAAGUUUUACAGGGAUUAAACUAUGGUGUGGUCAUUUGGGUCAGACCAAAUCAUUUGAUGAACAAAAACAAGAACAUUUUGCUUAUACGAAACAGGUUACUUAUUAAGACGUCACAUUCUCAUUUGCAUUCCACGUGUAACGCUCCCUCCAUGCCAAAAUAGACACUUCUGAUGGUAUCACGAGCCCAAACAGUGCCCUAACUGAGGUCAGUGAAGACCUACAUUAUACCAUUGGCUGGGAGUUGUGCGCUAUUUAUAUUGACUAGAGCACUAACUUGCUCUGCGUUUUGAAGCCACCCUGGGCGCAGACAUGUUUGAUGUGUUGUUUGAAUUCAGAAUUUUAAGAGAACACGCAUUGUCCCGAUUUCUUUACAUUCAGCGUGUGCGCUUACGUACCCGACUGUCCGCUCGCGUACGUCCGCUCUACGAAAACCGUAACUUCGACUUGAUUGCGAUACUAAAAAAAUAUACGCGCCUUCUAAACAUGACGCACAUGAUGCUCGCAGUUUGUACGCUGAUCAGCAGAUUGUGCGUUCACAUUUGCUGUAAUUUUUU